ACACCACUUCCUCUCCGGCUCGGCGUCGGUCCCGUGGGUUCCCAUGCGGGCUCAAAAUGCGUAUUGAGAAGUGUUACUUCUGUUCGGGGCCCAUCUACCCGGGCCACGGCAUGAUGUUCAUCCGCAACGACUGCAAGGUGUUCAGAUUCUGUAAAUCCAAAUGUCAUAAAAACUUUAAAAAGAAGCAUAAUCCUCGCAAGGUCAGGUGGACCAAAGCAUUCCGGAAAGCAGCCGGCAAGGAACUGACAGUGGAUAAUUCAUUUGAAUUUGAAAAACGAAGACAUGAGCCUAUCAAAUACCAGAGAAAGUUGUGGAAUAAAACUAUUGAUGUAAUGAAGAGAGUUGAAGAGAUAAAGCAGAAACGCUGGAAACACCAAGCUAAAUUUAUAAUGAACAGAUUGAAGAAAAAUAAAGAACUACAGAAAGUUCAGGACAUCAAAGAAGUCAAGCAGAAAAUCCACCUCAUCCGGGCUCCUGUUGCAGGCAAACAGCUGGAAGAAAAAAUGGUACAGCAGUUACAAGAAGAUGUGGACAUGGAGGAUACUUCUUAAAAAUUUGU